GUUACAGCGCAUCACAGUACUGCGUGUUCUGUAAGUGGAAGCGAAAAUGUUCAGUUUCAUGGCAGUGGCAUGUCUCCAGUUAGCAUUGGCCCAUAUGUGCCUAAUUGUCAACGACUGGAAUUUUUUGCUCAUGGGUUUUGAGAGUUGGCACAAUCGAAUAACACUGUCGGAACUGGUGUUUGCAAUACAGAUGCUAAUUCUACAGUAUCCAAAGCCAGGCGUAAUUCUGGGUCUGGCCAUAUCUUUGAUCACAAGACGUGGGAUGAUCCUCAAAUGGGUUGUCAUAAAUACAAUUGCAUUUAUGUCGUUGGCACCAGAAGUGGCAGAGGCCUUGUUUUCAGGAACAAUGAUUAUGUUGGCUGUCAUCUACAUUUAUGGAGCCAGUAUGAUCCUUGUGCACCCUGAAAUUAUUCGGACACCACUGGAUGAGUAAAGACAAUUCUAGAAGGAUAUGAAACAAACAGGCUAUUACUACAGUCCGUAGAAAAUAUUGAAAAUACACAGUUCAACGUCAUUUUUGUAGUGUAAAAUUUUUAUUAAUAAAAUGUAC